CUGUGAGGCGAGAAGUGUAACGGGCCAGUGAAAGCCCCGCCUCCCUCCUUUCGCCUCGGCCGGUCCUAAGACCCGCUCGGAGCAGGCUGGGCAUACGGAGAGGAAGUCUCCCACCCCCUAAAGGACCACCGUGUGGCCCAGGCAGAGAGCCUAGAGCCAGAGGGAAUGGCCCCCAGGACCCUGAGGCCCCCCUCCCAGACACAAAAUGCCUUUGUCGGUAUUCCACUGGGCUCUGAUGACUGGUCGCCAGUGCCGGCUCUGACACUCUUCAAGGGGUCGAUAACCUUCAAGGAGGUGGCUGUGGACUUCACCCAGGAGGAGUGGGGCCUGUUGGACCAUUCUCAGAAAGAGCUGUACAGGGAGGUGAUGCUGGAGAAUGUGCAGAAUCUGCUCUCUGUGGUUCCUAGAGAAGAUUUUAUUUCCCGUUUCCAGCAAGGAAAAGCACCAUGGCUACUAGAACAAAAGGGCCCAAAGAGCUCCUGUCCAGAGGCAGAGACUAAUUUUGAAGUGAAGGAGAUGCCUACAAAGCUGAGCCUUUUUGUGGAAGGAUGUGGCCUCCAAAGAUACAUGACUGAGGGUCUCUGUGACUUUAUUUUGAGAGAAAUCUGUGACUCUAAUGUCAAGGUUUUUCAGGUAAGCAGCUCCACAUUUGACCUCCCCCCCAGCUUCAGGAGCCGAAAAUUUCCAGCUGCAGUUUUACAAAGAAGCCGCGGCGUGGCUGCUGCCACCCCCCCCCCCCCCCCCCCGUCCCGCAGGACCCCUCCCACGAGCGGCAUCGCUUCCGCUUCAGCCUGCCCUACCGCGCCGGGCCUUUCCCCACCCCCGACAGCCACCCAGGCUCCCGGCGCUCGGGCCCCAAACCCGGCUCGAGGGCGGAGGCCGAGCUCCCUGCUCCUCGCCUGGCGCCUGGCGGGGGUGGCAGGUCCCCUGCGCAGCCCCGGCCGGGCCUCUGCGGCGAGCGAGCCCCAAGCUAGCCACCCGGCCUGGCUUCCGAGGCCUGCCACGAGCGCAUCUCCCGGGCCAUCCGCUGGACCCCGACCUGCUAGCGGGGGGCCGAGGCUCUGCGCUCCCUGCUGGGGCUCUGCGCUCCCAGGAGCCAGUGCUGACACGCAAGGGCAGCGCCACCUGCAGGCAGGAAGUAAAACUGCAGGCAAUUCAAAACUUGAAUACUAUCAAAUAGAACGGAAUGCAUCCAACUGA